AUGGCUGUCCUGCAGAAGAAAUCUAUGAGCUUUUCCCUCAUGGGGCCUUUGGCUGCCAGCUGCCUGCUUCUCAUUGCCCUGUGGGCCCAUGAGGCAGUGGGACUGCCCAUCACUUCCCACUGCAAGCUUGAUGUGUCCAACUUCCAGCGGCCAUACUUCACCAACCGUACCUUCAAGCUGGCUGAGGAGGCUAGCCUUGCAGAUAACAACACAGAUGUCCGGCUCAUUGGAGAUGAACUGUUCCAAGGAGUCAAUAGGCAGAAUCGAUGCUACCUGAUGAAGCAGGUACUCAACUUCACCCUUGCAGAAGUGCUGAUCCCCCAUUCAGACAGAUUCCAGCCCUACAUGCAGCAGGUGGUACCCUUCCUGACCAAGCUAAGCAACCAGCUCAGCCUCUGUCAAAUCCGUGGUGAUGGCCAGCACAUCCAGAAGAAUAUACAAACCCUGAAGGAGACAGUAAAACAGCUCGGCGAGAGUGGAGAAAUCAAAGCAAUUGGGGAGCUGAAUCUGCUGUUUAUGCACCUGAGGAAUUAUUGUGUCUGAGCGAGAGAGACCAGAAAAUGAAUAACAACCCUUCCUCCCUACUAAAAAUAACAAUAAGAGCCCCCCAAAAGGUCUUUUUUAAUACAGGAAGGUGAGAUGCUAAACUCUACCAUCAUUAGGAGAUUCUACAUGAAACCUGGCUCAGUUGAAAAAGAAAACCAAUGUCAUGCUGUCUAUAAGAUCAGAUGUAGAUUUUCUAACCACAAAGAUUCAUUGAUAAUAUUUUAUUGUAACUGAUGAUACAAGAGAAAAAUAAUGUUUUUUUAAAAAAAUUGAUUAUUUCCACAAAAGAGAUUACUUCUCACUCCUUUAGAAAAAAAGGCCUAUGUAACUCCAUUUCCAU